UUUUAAAAGACAAUUCAUCGUUCUCAAGCGGGUACUUUGAAUCCAAAAAUCGAGACUAUCGAAAUCAGCGACUUGACCUUCUGCCCUCUUUCGGGGAGAGAUGCAGAACAAGGACUGCACAAUUUUGUUGGUGCAGUUAGUGCACCAAUUUCCGAUGAAUUGAAUCGCAUUGGAAGCCACAAAGUGACAAAACUCUAUAAAACCGCAAUUCGUUUCCGUAAUAAAGUAAACGUGGAGGUUGCCAUGCCAUUAUUGAUUCACGUGGGAGCAAUGCGGGGCGUACUAGGUUUACGCUAUACUUGGCGAGCUCGACAUGCCUCAGUGUAGUUUCAACAAUUGGAGCUUUCAAAAGGUCAUGUUUUUCGAAUUGGAUACGCGUUCAUCUUUCGGCUAGAUGAUUUUCACCAGAGUGCACUUGAAAAGCAACCGCAGCGUCUACCCCGAGGACGUUGAGCGACAUGUCAAUGGUCGAGCGUUAUGCGAAGCGCGAGCACGGCAAUUUCCCACUUCUGCUCAUUGCAAGACAAGAACUUUGCACCGCCAGAGCAGAGGAGAUUCAGGCGGAUUCAUGGGCUCCAGCUCCCGCUGCAUCCCCAACAAGUGGUCGGCUGGGUCGUCCUCAUCGUCAUCGCCAGCGGUACCUUAGGGGUUUUGGUACCAUUACUCUAUCAGCAGCUGCGAGUGCCGGUGCUCGGUCUCAUCAUCCCCUCGUUUAUUGUGCACUUUGUAUCGCACCUGGCUGCACUUUUGCUCGAUCCGGCCGAGCCCCAGGUCCGGACACAACCUGCUUCUACUGUGGUUCCGGAGUUCGACCGCAGCAAACAUCUCCACGUCAUCGAGAAUGGCAGAUGUCAUCUCUGCAACAUAAACGCAACUAACAAGAGAACAAAGCACUGCUCGAUCUGCAACAAAUGCAUCACGAAGUUCGACCAUCAUUGCAAGUGGCUCAACAACUGUAUAGGAGGUCGGAACUAUAAAGUUUUCUUAGUUUGUUUAACGUCCGCGAUAAUCUCCACCUUCACCGUCGCCAGUGUAUCCGCAACUGAGCUCUCUCUUGCCUACCUAGACGGCGGUUUCGAAGCCUACAACAUGACAACAGACAACGUCACUCUGCCGAUUAGCCUUCAGCUUCCAGGUACAGGCUCCUUGAUCGUCAUCUCCGUCGUCGGUAUAUUAUCAGCAAUUGCUGCCGUGCUUCUGAUACACCUCUGCUUCUUUCACGGCUACAUCGCUUGUUUAGGUCUCACCACUUACGAAUAUUUGCGAAACAAGCGCGAAAAGAAUACAACCACUGUAGCAGCCACUUCAUCGGCAAACGCUGGCAUCGUUGCAACUUGUCCUUCUUUCUGCAACAGCAACGACGAUGUACCGCUCCGGUACCAUUUCUGUGAAGCUGUUUCUGCAGCCGAAAGUAAUCAAAUAGAAUCGAAUAACGUUUAUAUCUGCUCCACCCACGGAGAACAGACAACCAGCACCCAAAUGGGAGUUGCUCAAAAAGAGAGGAGAAACUUCCAUCUGUAUUUUUCUUACGAAGCGCGCAAUAGCGAAACGUCCAUAGAGCUUACAUCUCAAACCAUCCUCGACGACAACCGUCCAAUUAAUCUCAGCCCAAACGAGCUGAAGCCAUCCACUCCGUCCCCGGUUUCCUGCUGCUUUUCCAUUAUCGGCCCCUCGACCAAGGCCCUCAGGGCCAACAAACAAAAGAAGAAUCGUGACUCCGACGUGGAAAGUGCAAAAGGAGCGCCAAGGUCUUGCACCACAAUGAGGAGGAUUCAGACCUUCCUGCGCACCAGGCUCAGGAAAAGUGCCAUUCAACGAUCCAUCCAUUCUGAUGGUUCCAGCAAUCGGAAGAGCAGAGUCGCUCCAGCUAUUACCAAUGAAUCUGCGAACGAUUCUGGAGUGGAAUGCACUGCCGUUGUUCCUAAAGUCAGUUCUCCAGUGCACGCUUUGCCGCCUCCUAAGUUUCAGCCUUUGAAUUUGCCUCCGAGGCCAAGAUUGAAACAAAUAAGCGUCGUCGGAGCUCCGACCUAUUCUUUUCCAAAUCCUGCAAUCCCAAAACGAAGCCAGGCGCAUUUUCGCGUCAGAAGAUCCUCGCUGCGCAAGAGGCCGAGGUUUAAAAUGGGAUCCCAUGUGAUGCAGUCUGCUCAACUUUCUCCGAUUCCUGAAUCGGAACUGUCUAAACCCGCGUCACCACGCUCACCACCUCAUUCCAAUCAUUUCACCUUUCCUCCAUCGCAUCAAGGAAAUAUGUGAAAUAGCUGUGGCAAGUGCAUGUACAUAAACGUUUUCUACUCAAGGACUGACCUUAGCGAUUAAUUUUCAGUCAUUACUUCAAUAAGGUGCCCAUUUAAAAACGUUUUUUUUUCAUGAAGUCUUACCCCCUAAAUCCAUAUAUUUAAAGAAAAUAAAUCCUUUUUCAUUUUCUUUAGGUUCGAUUUUUUCGAUCUUUUGCAAAACAUUCAAAAUUGUUUAAGUUUACAUAAUUUUCGAAAUUUUCAGCUCGACGUCUUUUUUCGUCUGGACGUAUAGGGUGGCCACUAGACCGUGAAAGGACAGUGAAUUU